UCGUUGUCGACACUUAGAAGUGCUCGCUAGAUAAUAUUGACAUAAAUCGAGAAUACGUGCGUGAUGUGUAAUUUAUUACACGGGAUUCUAAAAUAUACUUUUAAAGUAAAUAGUUUUUAUUCAAAUUAACACUAACUCAAGAAAUCGGCGAAAAAACGUUUCGUCUUCAAUUACGUAAGCUGUGAUCUUUUACUAAAAAAUUUCCGGGUUAUCAUCUAAACGCUUGUGUACAGAACAAUCGUUACUUUGCUCGCACGCAAGAUAGUAUAAGUAUACUUUUUACGCGUCAAGAAUGACGUUUGCGAGCACAAAUCUCAGAUAGCAGCUUCUUUUCUCUCGAUCAGCAAAAUGAGCAAUACCGAAUAAACAAGAAGAAGAAAACCCAGAGAAGGUCACCGUGAAUGCUUUUUUUAUCACAAUUUGGGAGCAGCAAGUUCAAGGACAUCAUGGAAAUCGUCCACGCGUCCGUGUGGGAGCGCGUAAAACUCUGCUUCCUGGCUGUCGUGUUUGGAUGGUACUUGGUGUUACGGAGACUUUUAAAGUGGGCCUGGAAUCCCAACCAGUUUUUUGUCCUAAGGCCCAGGGACAAGCCUCCUCCCUGUCUAGUUGACAACACCUUCGGGAAGCACUCGUACAUCAAACUAAAGGGCAUAAAAUUCCAUUAUGUCGAAGCCGGGAACAAAGAAAAACCUCUCAUACUAUUGUUGCAUGGGUUUCCAGACUGUUGGCUAUCUUGGAGAGAACAAAUUCCUAUUCUUUCCGAAUACUAUAGAGUUGUAGCCCUGGAUUUGAAAGGUUUCGGUGACAGCGACAAGCCACUGAACAAAAGUUCGUACAGAAUCGAAACACUGAUAGACGAACUGAAACAGUUUAUUUUGUCACUGGGAGAAAAGAGUUGCAGCAUCAUUGGACACGACUUGGGCGGCCUGCUCGGGUGGUAUAUGGCUGCAAUUCACCAGGACGUAGUUUGUAAACUCAUUUGUAUCUCUAGUCCGCAUCCAAAUUUUUACUGGAACACCAUAUCCGGCGAGACAAUAUUUAGUCGAAAAUGGGUGUAUUUCAGUACGCUGCCAUUUUUACCAGAAAUCGACGUCUUGAAGGAAGAUCUUGCUGUCAUUAAUGAUACUUACAAGCAUUUACAAUUGACGGAACAAAAGAGCAAUAAAGACUACGUCGAAGCGUAUAAAUACGCUUUUAGUCGAAAAGAGGAUUGGACUGGUCCAAUAAACUAUUACAGAAAUUUACCGUACACUAGACUCGGUCGGGAUGGUAAUCAGCAAAUAACAACGAAAACUCUUCUGAUUGUUGGAAACGCCGAUCCAUACGUGUCCCUGGAAAACAUCAUACAGAGUACCGAGUACGUGGAAAAAUGCAAUGUCAAAGUCGUUUCGGGAGCUGGGCACUUUCCACACCAAGAAAAGCCACAGUUCGUCAACGAGUCAAUAAUUAAGUUCCUUGUUGUUAUAAAUUUGAUUUCUCUAGGUCAACUAGUGGAAAAAACUGCGCCAACCAAAAGUAUUGUCUCUUCGUGGCUAGGAUCGUUGAGUACCACUGUGAAGUACGGAAAUCAAGUGUUUGACGCUGUGCACAAAAGAACGAAUGGAGUAGUCCCGUUGUCGCGUAAAGUUCCGGAACAAACGACUACAUAAACGUAAAUAGACUUUUAUAGUGAAGCAGUGCUAAACUUUUUGUCGAUUUACUUGUGAUAUUUGUGAGAUUUUAAUCGUAAGACUCGGUUUUUCAAGUGACGUGAACCUUUAGAUGAUAUUUGUGUAAAUUAGGGAUUGUGUCAAUGUUAAACAUACACACUGACAACUGAUACAGUUGAAAAUAUUACUAUUUUACAUAUUUUCUGAGUAAUAUACAUAUAACGUGAU